GAGGGAGGCAGGCCGCCGCCUGCUCUUGAAGCCGCCCGCCCCGCGGGACGGCCACCGCGGGCCGGGGACCACGGCGACUAGGUGCCUGGCCCGGCUGGACGUCGCCCGUGGGAAGAAACCAGCUGCGCAGUCCAAAGGGUUGCUGCGCUGUUACAGUUUGGAUUUUCCUGAGCUCGGAUCGUUUCCUUGGCGAGAUCUUGGGAAAUACAGAGAAGUAUAGAGGAGGAUUAUUAUACCGUUAAGCCUUCGUUCUUCUGUUCUCUGCAGUUCGGGGUAGAUGCGCCUUGUUGCUGUGAACAGAUAGGAUUUUCAGGAAAGUCACCAAGUGCUCCAUGGACCCAUCGACGAGUACAAGCCCCAGGAUGCCACCACCAACCCGUCCCUGAUCCUGGCCGCGGCGCGGAUGCCCACCUACCAGGAGCUGGUCGGGGAGGCCAUUGCCUAUGGCAGGAAGCUGGGCGGCUCACAAGACGACCAGAUUAAAAACGCUAUUGAUAAACUUUUUGUGCUGUUUGGAGCAGAAAUACUGAAGAAGAUUCCAGGCCGGGUAUCCACAGAAGUAGACGCCAGGCUCUCCUUCGAUAAGGACGCCAUGGUGGCCCGAGCCAAGCGCCUCAUAGAGCUCUACAAGGAAGCUGGGGUCAGCAAGGACAGAAUUCUUAUCAAGCUGUCAUCAACCUGGGAAGGGAUUCAGGCUGGAAAGGAGCUGGAGGAGCAGCACGGCAUCCACUGCAACAUGACACUGCUCUUCUCCUUCGCUCAGGCUGUGGCCUGCGCCGAGGCGGGCGUGACGCUCAUCUCCCCGUUCGUGGGGCGGAUCCUCGACUGGCACGUGGCGAACACAGACAAGAAAUCCUACGAGCCCCUGGAGGACCCUGGAGUAAAGAGCGUCACCAAAAUCUACAACUACUACAAGAAGUUCGGCUACAAGACCAUCGUCAUGGGCGCCUCCUUCCGCAACACGGGCGAGAUCAAGGCGCUGGCCGGCUGUGACUUCCUCACCAUCUCGCCCAAGCUCCUGGGGGAGCUGCUCAAAGACAACACCAAGCUGGCGCCUGUGCUCUCAGCCAAGGCGGCCCAGGCCAGCAACCUGGAGAAGAUCCACCUGGAUGAGAAGACCUUCCGCUGGCUGCACAACGAGGACCAGAUGGCCGUGGAGAAGCUCUCGGACGGCAUCCGCAAGUUCGCUGCCGACGCGGUGAAGCUAGAGCAGAUGCUGAGGGAACGGAUGUUCAACGCAGAGAACGGGAAGUAGAGCACACCCGACGCGGAGCCCAGAUCUGCGCCGUCUGCGAAUCGGGGUCUGAUUGCACCUGGCUUGGCGAUGAAUCUCAUUUUUUACAAUUUGGAGCAGGGAUGGAUCAUAGAUUUCUGAUUUUAUGUAAGAUUCUGGCUAAUGCAUUAAAGCAGUCACUUUUCCUGUGCUGUUUCA